UCGACGACUACCAGGCUGUCUUUGAUAAUUGGCUCGAAGAAGCGAUUAUUGAAAGGGUACCUGUACUUGAAGUCGACCAAGAGAGCUACUAUCUUCCACACAGACCUGUAGUCAAGAAAGAAGGAACUACGCCCUGUUUUCGAUGCGUCAGCAAAAGUUAAGGAAUCGCCUUCGCUUAACCAAUGCUUGGAGACUGGAUCCAAUCUUAUAGAGUUUAUUCCAGCAUUGCUACAUCGAUUUCGAGAGAGGAAGAUAGGGGUAACAGCUGAUAUCGCGAAAGCCUUCUUACAAAUCAGCGUCUCUCCGUCGGAUAGAGAUGUUUUGAGAUUCCUGUGGUGGAACGUUGACGGAGAAAUAGAGAUUUAUCGACAUCGUCGAGUUAUCGUCGGAUUGACAAGCAGCCCAUUCCUUUUAGGGGCGAUUGAAUUGCAUAUUAAUAGAGCCUUAAACUCUACCAUUUUGCCAUAUAAGAAAGCAGUUUAUGAGAAAUUGUUUUCAGGAGAGAAGCCUGUUCCCUUUUGACUCAAGCCGAAUUUGAUUUAAGAGAUUGGAAAUACACUGGCAAGGAUCCCGAGAGUCAAUCAACGGUGCUUGGACUUAUAUGGGACACCAAGAGGGAUAUUUUAAUGUUACCGGAAUUUCCUGCACCGACGAUCACGGAGAAAAUAACGAAGAGAGUCAUUUUGUCACAAGCACAGAAAGUUUAUGACCCUCUCGGAUUCGUCUAUCCCGUACUGUUAAAACCAAAAUUACUAUUGCAAGAUCUGUGGAAUAAAAACGUGGAUUGGGACACAGAAAUAAACGGCGACAUUAAACAUGAAUUUCUCAAAUGGGUCCAGCAACUAGGUCUCCUACGCAUAUUGAAGUUUCCACGAUGGAUUUUUGGAGAGGAAAGAGGUCCCAACUCACUGUCCUUUCAUGUUUUUGUCGACGCCAGUAAAGACGCAUACGCGGCGGCAAUCUUCGUACGAGUUGAAUCAAGCACAGGAGUCGAGAUACAUCUCGUAGAAGCUAAAUCUAGAGCACCCAAAGAGAAGAAGACCAUACCUCGCCUUGAAUUACUAGCAGUCUCCAUUGGAGCUAGGAUGAUGCGAUCUUUCAUAAAGGCUAUGGAUUAUCAAGAUAUCAAGAUCUAUUUCUGGAGCGACUCGAUGACCAUUCUAACAUGGAUUCGACAAAAGACAAUGGGAAGUCUUUGUAUGGAAUCGUGUUCUGGAAAUAAGGAGCCUUACGGAUAUUAAAUCUUGGAAAUAUGUCCCCGGAGUGAUGAACCCAGCAGAUUUACCCUCAUGAGGUUGUGAUGCUAAGAAAUUCCUUGAACUGAAAUGGUGGGAGGGACCGGAGUGGUUGAAACUACCUCCCAAAGAGUGGCCCAAAGAGGAAUUUCUGGAGGCCUUCAGAAGAUUCAUUGCACGUCGAGGAAGACCUACUGUAGUAUAUAGCGACAAUGGGAAAAAUUUUGUAGGGGCCAGGAAUCUACUACAGAAGAUUAAUUGGCGGAAAGUUUCCCAAUAUUGUGCACUCAAUGAGAUAACAUGGCAUUUUAAUUCACCUUCAGCUGCCUGGUGGGGAGGAUGAUGGGAGCGAUUUAUCCGCCUCCUUAAAGAUCUAUUGAAGAGGACAUUAAAGAGAACUUCGUUGAGCUACGAAGAAUGAACACAGUUCUAUGCGAUUGCGAGGCUACCAUGAAUUCAAGACCCCUUACCUACUUGACAGAGGAAAAUACUGAAAUCACAGCUCUGACUCCAGCGAUGUUCAUCAGUGACAUUCGAGAAAAUGGCGUUCUAGACUUGGAUCAAGUUUACAAGUCCCACUUUGCAAAGAGGAUACGCUAUCGUCAAAGAUUGAAAGAAGAGUUCAGAAAACGUUUCCGUAUACAGUACUUGGGCCAGUUAUCUAGACGAACUAAACCCAGCAAUAGUUCCGCGUCCGUGGCUGUCAGGGACGUCGUGCUUAUUGAAAACAAUUUACAAAAGCGAUUAGACUGGUCGCUCGCCGUCAUUAGAGAAGUCUAUCCCGGAAAAGAUGGUUACGUGCGGGUGAUAAAACUGAAAACGAGCAAAGGUGAACUGGUUUGAACCCAUUCAAAAACUAAUUCCCUUGGAAGUUGGACACUCCAGUCCUGAAGCCGAUAACUUUAUCGAGUCUACCACUACGACGUCAGAGACUACUAAGGGAAAUGCAGCUAACACCCUCGAAGAGUCUGUAGCUGUCCCUAAAGAGGAACCGAAAUCGUUGGAAGAAACGAACUUAAAGACCCGAAGAGGUCGUAUCAUCAAGAAACCGGAUCGGUUCAAAUAUUAGAAAAUGUUUGUCAUUUUAUUUUCGUUUUCAUUUUUUUUAGAUAGGUUAAGUUGCUCUUACUAAGAAGUCACAACUCAAGGUGAGAGAGAUGUUGGAAACGCGCCCUCAGUACCGUUGACAUAGAGGACGAGACACGUGUUACCGGCCGAGGAGUGAGUUAGAGGAAGGUGCCGGAAGAGCCGCGUGUGAACGGAAGAAGACAAGAUCGGAUCGCGAGCAGAGAGAGUGCCGUCCGUUUGCCCGCCAUUAUAGCCGUUCGCCUCUUUUUACUGCUAUUGUUACUACGUUUAAUCCGAGCCGUAUGUUCUCACUGUUUUGUAAUAAAGUAGCGUGUUCGUGCAACU